AUGCAAAGUCCUCAGCUUCAGAGAGUAAUCGGGUAUUUCCAUGGGACAGUAUUUUUAUUCAGUAUCAUAAUAGGUGCAGGAAUAUUUAUGUCUCCUAAAGGAGUUUUGAAAUACUCCUCACUCAACGUGGGGGUCUCCCUCAGUAUCUGGGCCGCCUCUGCUGUGGUGUCUGUGAUGGCAGCCCUCUGCCAUGCCGAGCUGGGAACCACCUUUCCAAGAAGUGGAGCACAGUAUUUUUUCCUCAAAAGAUCUCUGGGCCCUCUUAUUGCUUUCUUUACUGUCUGGAUUAACCUAUUUAGUGCCCCAGCAGAAAAUGCUGCCUUCAGCUUAUUACUAGCAGGGUAUAUCAUACAGCCUUUCUACCCGGGAUGUUCCGUUCCUGAACUGCCCAAGAAAUGUUUGGCUUUAGCCAUUCUGUGCUGUUUGGGAAUCCUGAACGCCCGAGGAGUGCGAGGGAUCGCUUGGUUUCAGACUGUCACGACCGCCGUGAAAAUGAUGGUUCUCUGCUGCAUCUCUCUGACUGGAAUCGUGCUGCUGGUGAAAGGGAAGAAAGAAAACCUCGCCGCUUUUGAGAAAGCUUUUGAUGGUGAAAUUCCAGACGCCGCACAGAUAGCAGAGGCCUUCCUCCAAGGAUUAUAUGCGUAUUCAGGCUGGGGAGUCCUUGUGCGAAUAGCAGGAGAUCUAAAACAGCCUAGUAAGAAUAUUCCCAGGUGUGUGAUCACUGCACUUACCUUUGUGACGAUCAUCUACGUAUUAGUUAAUGUUUCUUACCUGUCAGUCCUGACUCCAAAUGAAAUCAUGUCCUCAGUUUUUACCUCAGACUUAAUCAUUUUGGUGAAUUAUGUGGGAUUCUCAAGCUGGAUUCAACUUGGGCUAAUGAUGGUCGGUUUACUCAAACUGAGAUUCCAGGAGCCCAACCUCUACAGACCUUAUAAGGUGCGGUUGCCUUUUGUGUUUGGAACAAUAGCUGUGUCUUUGUUCUUAGUUUUGACACCGGUCAUCAGGUCUCCUCAGAUGCAUUAUAUCUAUGUUCUUCUUUUUAUCUUCAGUGGUGUUUUGCUUUAUUUUCCUUUUGUUCACUUCAGUUUGUGUUCUACAUACUUCGACAAGAUGACUUGCUUCUUACAAUUACUAUUGAAUGUUUCACCUGUGAGUGACAUUGAUGAAAAUGCUUUAACAGAUGGGAGAGCAUUGCAGAAGAAUUCAUCUGAAAUUACAGCAGAUAAAAAAUAA